AUGGAACUAGAAAGGAAGCCAGGUGGAUCAAUGGACUUACCCACAGGUGACUUAAUUGUUGAUGUUCAAUCGACGCCCAUAAAGGAAUUGAGAAAUAGCCCGUCUCACAAGAAAAGGAGAAUUUCAUCUUCAUUCCCCCUAAUCGAGGAUUAUCUUCCUUUCAAUGGGGUCCAUUGGGAAGAUAUAAAGGAAUUAAAAAAAAGUUCACCUCUUAACUUUUUUAAAAAAAAUAUACACGAUAGUACACUAUAUUGCUGCAAAGGUUGCUCACAAAUGUAUUAUUAUGACAGCGAGGCUCCUCACUAUAACACCUCUGCUUUGGAAAGGCAUUUUAGAGAUGAAUGUAUCAAUCCACCGUCAGGUUUUUAUGACAGGGUUUCAAGAAAAUCAAAACCAGAACCUAAUUCUACUUUCGAGAAACCUUAUAAUAUUUCGACUGUUAAUAAUGACAUGUUUAAUAAAGCAAUUCUCUUCACCCUAACAUUUGACCUGCCACUAAUGUGGCUAGAAGAUCGUGCUGCAAAAUCUUGGUACGAAGAAUAUGCUUGCCAUACAAACAUAGAUUUCAAGAAACAAACCAGUUUAAACUAUCGAACUUUGACUGCCUCGAUAAAGAGAAAGCAUCAGGAAAUUGAUAAUUUUUGGAAAGCGGAGUUGAACUCGUCAGCGUUUUUAUUACGCCAAACUAAGAUAAGCAAAAAGAACAGGUUAUUGGAUACUAUUGUUAAACGAAUUGGUGAGUUAAAAUCAAUAAAUCUUUUUUCGUUAGUGUUAGAUCAUUGGCCCAAUGACAAAACGAACAGCUAUAUGGGGGUUGUAAUUGUCUCGUACGAUUCGACUCAGAAAAAACUAGUUCCCUUUUUAUUGAAGUUACCAAGAAGCCAUAAGCAUGAUGCAGCUACAGUAUACUCCCAGUUACAACAAAUAGUACGUUAUUUUCCAGGCCUCAGUGAAACAUGUGUCGCUAUUUCUAUUGACAAUGCUGCCAUUUCUACUAACAAUGACACCAGCAUGUUGAAAGUGCCAAACAAUAUAAGUUCAAAUUUACUUUUCAAUAAAGUAUUCUUGGGUAACGUACCUUCUUUGUUACAUAGUUCAAAUUUGAUGAAUUUUGGCUUACUUCAUAAAAGCGAAGAAGAAUCAACUGAGGAUUAUUUGGAAUCCAAAGCACUAGAAGAAGAUGCUAUGGAAUCUCGUGUUUCCGAAAAUGGAACAAAUACUAAUUUCCAAAAACAUGAUCCGUUUGUUCACUUUUUAACAAUUCAGGAUGAUUCCCUAGAAUUGACCGAAGGCCAUAUGACAGAAGAAAUGAUUCUAGAAAAGAACAACAGUCUUUUCUGUGAAAUAAAAACUGACAUCUCAAAAAAACAACUCUAUGACGAUAUUUGUGCACACUAUGGCAAGGUCUACAGGGAUGAAGGUCUUAAAUUAAAAUUAUAUUGCCGCACUCGAUGGGUGUCCGCAAUAGACACCUUAAAACGAUUACUACAAAUGAAGGAUGUGCUUUUAGAACUUGAGAGACAUAAAACAUUUGAAACCCAAUUUACAGAGAAUGAUUUUCACAUUGCACAAGAUUUAUUGAUGAUUGUAGAGCCAUAUAAAGUGUUUUGUGAAACGCUUUCUAGUGAUAAUUGUACGGUCAAAUAUGCUCUUCCCCUUUUAUCGUACUAUAAACAAAAAAUGGAGCAGUAUGAAAAAGAUCUCAAGAAACGACAAGAAACACCGUAUCUCAUUGCAUUCAAGAAAAAAAUGGAUAAGUAUUUUGAAAGGUUCAGCAAAAAUGACAUAUGUUUACUAUCCUCGUGCUUGAGUAUUGAUUUCAUUGAUGAUCCUUUUUGGACCAAAAAAUUCCCACGAAAGGGGGCUGAUGGAAAGAAAAGGACCUUCGUAUUCAGCAAAAUAGCUGAGAAAUUGUCAGGCAGGCUACUGCCGUAUUUAAAUAUUUCUUAUGAGGGGAAGAUGGAUGAUAGUUCUAGUUUUGAUGAAGACGACAGUUCUUCAACUACCCACCCAUUUGCUUCCACAGGGGAAGCAAUGCAUGAAUCUGAUGAGUAUUUCCAUAGACUAGCUGAGAAUAUUCAAAAUUUUGAUCCAAAGACAAUAAAGAGAGACUUAGAAGAACUAAUCUACAAUGAAUUACUAGAUUAUAGAAAGGUUACUAAAAAGAAAAUACACAUUUACACCAAAGAAUAUAGGCAAAAGGAAGACAUUUCUUUCGAGUCAUAUUUCACGUCGCUGUGUAAGUUAGUUAUUGCUGCUGAUAACGCUUUUUGGGAUGAUCAUUUUGAUGAGUUUCCUAUUCUUUCAUUUGCGAAUGAUAUAUUCAGGAAUGUCCCUGCAACCUCGAUUCAAGUUGACAAGUUAUUUAGCUUGGCAGGCUGUAUUGCAACAAAGAAGAUCUCGAAUUUAAGUGACUCAAUGUUUGAGAGCUUAUGUGUUCUCAAAUCAUUCAGCCAAACGGCUGAUAUCAGUGCAGUAGAUUUACAGAAAUGUACACUUUCCCAGGCAAUUAACAGUACCUAA